AUGGCUGGAGGCAAGUACAAUGUUGGUAUCAUUGGAUACGGCUUGAGCGCAAAGAUAUUCCAUAUACCUUUCGUCCUUGACGCCCCGGAGUUCAACCUGUACGCCAUUGUGCAGCGUCAUCCCAAACCAGAAGAUGAUGCCAGCAAAGACCACCCCGGCAUUAAGUCGUACCGGUCCGCGGAGGACUUACUGAAAGACGACCAAGUCCAUGUGGUUGUGGUCACGACGGCCCCAGACUCACAUCUGCAGAUGGCCAAGCUGGCGAUCGAGGCAAAGAAACAUGUCGUGGUUGAGAAGCCAUUCACACCAACAUCAGCCGAGGCACAGGUAUUGGUCGAUCUGGCCAAAUCUCAUGGGGUCCUCCUUACAGUCUACCAGAAUCGACGCUGGGAUGCCGACUUCCUAACCGCGAAGAAGUACAUCCAAGACGGCACACUGGGCAGGAUCGCCGAAUUCGAAAGUCACUUUGACCGUCACCGCCCUGAGCCGCCGGCCGAGAAUUGGAAGGCGUACAACACCCCUGGCAAUGGUGCAGUUUACGACGUGGGCACCCAUCUGAUGGACCAAGCCGUGCAUCUGUUUGGCAUGCCUCAGCGCAUCACCGGGUUUGUGGGUUCGCAGAGAGAUGUGAACCCUCACGGAUUGGAGGACUCUUGCACCCUCCUGCUGCACUACGACGACAAAAAAUUGCUGGCCACCCUCAAGGCCGGCGUUGUCAGUCCCGAAGUCAAUCAGUUGCGCCUCUGGGUCCGUGGAGUCAAGGGUUCGUACAAGAAGUACCAUCUUGAUAUCCAGGAGGAGCAGUUGAGAAAGCAGGGAUUGAAGCCCGGAGAUGAAGGCUAUGCUGUUGAGCCAGAGGAGAGAUAUGGUACAUUGAAUGUUGUCAAGGAUGAUGGGCAGAUUGUCAGCGAGGUUGCUCCCACGGUCAAGCCCCCGACCUACACGGAAUAUUACCGGCGGCUGGCAGCAGCACUCGACGGUGAUAUUUCCCAGAUCCCGGUGUCCCCUGAGCAAGCUGUGGGAGUCAUCCGGCUUGUAGAGCUAGCCCGAGAGAGCUCCAAACAGGGACGGACACUGACCGUAUAA